UCUGUGCGGUGCCGCGGGUCCCGCCACUUCGUUUUCCCGCGGAUUCCACAAAUCGGAUAAACCCGGAUAAAUCAUGACUAAUCACUGAGACUCUUCCUAACCGCUCGCGAAGGGUGACACCGGGAGAACCGCAAACAUAAACAGACGUUACCGCCUUGUGUGUGGGGACGGGGACGACUCUCCGUGUGUGAGGCACCGCGCGCGACUGUACACCCCCGUACCGCAAAACCUUUCCCUCCUCCCGCGCCGUGCAGAUUGCGCACUCCUGCUCUCUCGGCAGGGGCCUGUGGAGGGAAGUCCGAUAUUUUCUUAAAUCUCAGACCAAGAUGGAGGACGGAGGAGUGGCGGAUGCUGCGGAGAGCGGAGAUCUGUGGAUGAACAUUCCCUGAUUGCGGUGGGAGGGAACUGUAUGCAUGUCUGUGAUUUGGGGGACUCAGUGUGAUUUCGUUAAUAACGGUGGAUAGGCGUAGGCCCAUGAAGGGUUGAGGUGAGAUUACGUAGUUUGGUAGGAAAUCAGUGCACUGACUGACGGGCACGUGUAGCUAGCGGGGUAAGCCGUCCCUACCAGCGGCCGGGCGGACUGAACACGGAGCCGUUUCUCCUGCCGUGCCAGUGAGAAGGGAACACCAUGCCGCGGGAAGUCCACGCCGCAGCCACCUGCCUCCUCGUCCUGGCGCUCCUGCGGCUCCCUUUGGUAUCGACAACCAAGUCUCCGACCGCGUUAUUGGACAAGUUACUGUCUAAAGACAAUUAUGAUCCUAGGAUACGGCCAAACUUCAAAGGACCGUCGGUUAACGUGACGCUGGACGUUUUCAUCAACAGCUUCGGCUCCAUCCAAGCCUCCACCAUGGAUUAUAAGGUGAACAUCUUCCUACGUCAGAGGUGGAACGACCCGAGGCUUCAGUUCAAGGAGUACAACGAGAGCCUCAGCAUCGACCCAAGCAUCCUCAACAAGAUCUGGAUGCCCGAUCUGUUCUUCGCGAAUGAGAAAGGAGCCACAUUUCACACCGUGACCACUAUGAACAGGUUGUUCCGCGUCUCGCCUACAGGGGACAUCCUCUACAGUCUAAGAUUGACCCUGAGGCUGGCCUGCCCCAUGCAGCUGCAGCGUUUUCCCAUGGACCACCAGGUCUGCAUCAUGCAGCUGGAGAGCUUCGGCUACACCACAAGAGACUUACAGUUCAAAUGGAACGAUGAAGAGGGGUCAAUGCCCGUACAGACGUCACCGGAAGUCGAGCUUCCACAGUUCGAGAUAGAGAGCGUCGAGACCGCAAGUUGUCUGAAGGUUUACAGCACCGGUCUGUACACGUGUGUGGAGGCCAGGUUCUACCUGAAGCGGCAGCUGAGUUAUUUCAUGAUGCAGACGUACACGCCCACCAUCCUGAUCGUCGUGCUGUCCUGGGUGUCCUUCUGGAUCAACAUGGACGCCGCACCGGCCCGCACCGGCCUCGGCAUCACCACCGUGCUCACCAUGACCACAAAAAGCACGGGUGUGUCGGCAGAUCUGCCGAAGGUGUCGUACGUCAAGGCCAUUGACAUCUGGAUGGCCGUGUGCAUGAUGUUCGUGUUCGCCGCGCUGCUGGAGUUCGCAGCCGUGAACUUCACCGCGCGGCUGCAGAAGGUGGAGGUGGAGAAGUGGGGCAGGAGGUUCAGCAGGAAGAAACAGCCCCAAGUUCAGGUACGGGUCCAGAAACGCUGCAUAGGGAUUCAGAAGAACAUCGACGACGUACCUCCCAACUACACGGGACUCAUCCUCGUCGACAGCCAGGACCCGCGGUGGGAACAGAUGGAGACGAACGCGAACGAGAACGAGACCAGCUUCACCUACAAGACCAUGGGGGUGGCACCACUGAUAGCGGAGCGGGAGGAGGAGGUCAAGGCCCCUCCCCCCAAACCGGCCGCGCCUCCAGGUCCUCCGGAGACAUUCAGAGACAAGGCCGAGAAAAUAGACGCCGUAUCCCGGAUCGUGUUUCCCAUGAUCUUCCUGUUGUUCAACAUCGGGUACUGGUCGUCUCUGCUCGCCAUGUUCUGAAGAGAGGUUGAAGUAUACAUGGCUUUGCAGUUGAAGCGGUCACAACUAGCAAUAUAUGUACCGAUUCUCAACACGAGAUGAUAUAACCGUAUGAGAAGAGGACUGAAACGACCACGCGUUUGUUUGCGCGGUUUGGUCGUUUUUCUGGUGAACGAGCGAUACGCGAUUACUUCGUCUGCUGCUUCCACGGGGGUUCAAGAAUCUCACACUGACCGUCACUUCGGCGAAACAUUCUACUUGUACAUGAAUUUAAAAGUGUAAACUAAAAUAGAAAAUGAUAACGGGUCUAUUGGUUAACAUUAGCGACAUAAUAGGUUAAAAAAAUCCUUAAGUAGCGUUGCUACACUUGGUGGAUAGGGUUACAUGUCUUAAGAAACAGGCAAAGACCAUCUCCGGGUUUUAAAAGCCAGGAGAAUGUAAAGGAGAGGUUAGAAAUUGAUACGUCACUCGAUACUACAUAGAUUUAAACUAUUAACACCGUAGAGGACCUACUUAAGACUCAUAUAUGUAUACAUAUAUAUGUGUAACUUCCACGCCAUUAGUCUUGCUGCCAAAUCUCGCGAUAACUGGGCGACUCUCGCGUGAUCAACAACACCUCACGUGAACUACAAACUCUCGCGUGAACUACAACCCCGAAACCCUAACAUGUAAAAGUGCAAUAAUAGUGGUAAUGUUCAGAAUCCUUUUGCCACAACAAUAGGUGAUAUGGACAAAGGGGUUUGGACGAUUCCUCUCCGGGGGAAUCUAUUUAGUAUUGCUUCACGAAAGAGAAGAAGAUUUCGCAUUGCUUCCCGAACGUUUCGCUUUCCUGAGAUCGGUCUAUUGGUGGGAACCUGUUUCUUGCACACAACAUGGCGGGGAGGGAUCGAUUUUCUUGGCUAUUCAAUGACAGGUGCAAUAGAUAGAUAGUCUCGUUUCACUGCCCUUAGGCCAAACUCUGCUAAGCAUCGUUGCGCGUGAUGGAAGAUAUAAUCUUAAAUGAUUGGAUCGUAAGGGGCCCAGGCUAAGGGCUGUUACUCGGCAAUAAAUGAAACCAAUCGGGUAUUCAUAAAAUUUCAAUAUAUAUGCAAGGGCGGCGAGCUGCGAAGGAAAUAUACGUUCGGCGUGGGAGGAACUGACAGAGCAGAUAUGGGCACUGUUGUGCCGCCGGUGAAAGGUAGUUACUGCACUAGUAUGUAGAUGAAGUCGUAGUACUUACCACAUUCUGCAUCACACGGCACAUUUGUAAGCAUCACACGUUCAGAGAUUCAUAUGCAAUAAGAACUUUAUGUGAAGAAAACAAAAUAAGAUAAUUCAAAUAUCUAUAGAAUAAUCUGAAAUUUCCUUGAUGUGUUAGAAUAAAUGUGAUUUCCGGAGUUAAGAAUAUUAUUCCGUGUGUUUAGCUGUAAAUAGUUGGUUUUCUGUUACAGUCCUGUGUCUAAAAACAUUUUCUUUCUUAGCUAGCUCAGAUGCAUGUAAGGAAAUGAAGCUUCUUUGUCCUGGUCAGCCAAUAGAAGACAUGUACCAUUGUGUAUGAAACAGACUACUGUUAAACGUCGCUACUAACAAGGAGAUAAUCAUGUAAAGCCAUACAAUACGAGGGUUAUGAAAUUAGCAAUUACAAGAUGUUGACUAUCACAAUAAACCUUCAAAUGCUUCUUCCA